AUGCAUCAUUCAAGCGUUACCUUUCUUGAUUUACCUAAUGAAAUAUUACUUAUUAUCAAUAUGGAUGUUCUCUAUUCAUUAUUGGAUGUUGAUAAUCAACGACUUGAUACUAUAAUACUUCACAAAGCUUUCACUAAGACUCUCAAUUUUGUAUUAACAACGGCAACUGAUGAUGCUUUACCGAUUUCUGUUUCAAUACUUAAUCGAUACUGCAUUAAUAUCUUGCCUAAAAUUCAUAACAAUGUUACAUCUCUUAUGCUUGAAUCAGAAUCUAUGGAACGUAUUCUUCUUGCUGCUGAUUAUCCUAAUUUAACUUGA